GACAUGUAUCAAGGUCAGUGUGGGAAUAUGUUCUGUGGCCUUUGUCCAGUCCGGGGCCGCCGGUGCCUGGGCGCAAUAAACCCGGGUGGGGGGAGGGUGCUGCUGAAUUGAUUAGCUCCUCUCUCGGUAUUGGCCAGCUUUUGGAUAACCGGGCACAUCUCCGCGGCGCAUGAAUGCAGCGCGGUCAAAAGUCAGCGAAAGGUUGCGGGGUCACCCCGCAUGAAAAGAUGAGGGGUGCUGCUUCUCAUCGCCUCGGGGCCGCGCCGGGACAAAGAUGGAGACGCGCGCUAUUGAAAACGCGGCGCUUUACGCCUUCCCACCUGACCGUGGCAUCUCUGAGCUCCGUGUGAAUGAGGGACGGCGCUAAAUUGACCGACGUCUAGACAAGCGGGACGUAAACAACGUGUUUUGCAAGACGUGACGCGACACGCCCCGUGUUUGGGUUUCACGCUCUCCGGGAGACUCUGUUAACAGUUCGCUCCGUGAGCUGCGCGAGAAAACUCAGAUCUGCUCACGCCUGUGCUCGCGUAAAACUUGUGGGAGCGCUUCGCCGCGGCGCACGGUGACAGUGCAACUCACAGCGAACAACCUCUCGCCGACGAGAAAACAACUCAUCGCCUUAUUUAUGAAUGACACCUCUAUAAAUUCUGUCUGGACUCAUUUAACGCUGGAUUUCUCACCGGAAUGUGUGGCUCCGUGCGCACGGUUGUUGGGACAGCUUGCCACCAAGGCCCCACCGUUUCUUUGAUGUUUUUACAAUGUUUGUCCAGUUGCUUAGCGCAUGGUGGUGCUUCAUAAGAGUUUCAGACACCGGACGAGCAUGGGGGCGGUCAGAGGGGCUGCCCUUUCCACCUCCAUUCACACUCUGAAAGGCUGAUGUUGCGUCUUACUCGCUCAUUGUGCAGCUUCGUCCGCCGAUUUCGCUGUUCGGGGACCUUGAAUGAGUUUGCCCCCUUUUGUUGCGAGUUUUAUUUUGAUUGUCAAGGCGGAUACUUCGUGCAUUUUUGAACGAGCCUCUGGGAUAUAUUUUGCGUCAUUUCAGCGUUUGGGAGCCCUUUUUAAUCUUUAGGAACGCUUCUUUUUGCGCACGGCGAACUGACUUACACAAUGUUUGCGCACAAAACCGGAGACCACCUUUAAAAAAAAAAAAAAAAUAAUAAUAAUCGACCUAACACUUAUUUCGAAUUUGAAGACCUAAAGGAGGAAUGGAUAUACUCGGAGCAAAGGAGCAAUGAUGUAUAAAAUCUGUCUUUUGGAGAAUAGAUGUAUAAAGAAUGAAAGUUGGCACAAUGCACCGAGCUCAAAUAAGCCACUAUUAGGAUGGAUACGUGCGUAUUUGUUGGUGCUUUUGGUUUGCCAAGUAGCAGAACUGUCUUUGUGUGCGAGCGUGGCAGGAUCCAAAGUCAAACACGAGGGAUUUUGUCCCAACAAGCUGAAUUCCAAUCUGUGGGUCGAUGCGCAAAGCACCUGCGAAAGGGAAUGCAACGUCGAUGAGGACUGUGCUGACUUUGAGAAAUGCUGCACCAACGUGUGUGGCCUCAACAGCUGUGUGGCUGCACGUUUCUCUGAUGGCACCCCUGCCCAGCCAGAUGGGCAGGGUGGAGGGAAAAAGGGUGAUGCCCCCGCCUCCAUCCCCACCUGUGAGGGCUUUAUCUGCAGCCAGCAGGGGGCGAUCUGUGACAUCUGGGACGGACAGCCCAUCUGCAAGUGCCAGGACCGGUGUGAGAAAGAGCCUAACUUCACCUGUGCCUCAGAUGGCCUCACCUACUUCAACCGCUGCUACAUGGACGGAGAAGCCUGCAUCCGUGGGGUGACGCUAACUGUGGUCACCUGUCGCUUCUACCUGGCCGGGCCCCCCACCAGCCCGCUGCCUCAGGACACUACAGCCAACCCCACCCCCACCUCCUCCCAGGAGGACCCCAUGCCCCCCACUCUUUACUCCAACCCACGCCACCAGUCCAUAUAUGUGGGAGGCACCAUUAACUUCCACUGUGACGUUAUUGGAGUCCCCAGACCUGAUGUGACGUGGGAGAAACAGAGCGAGCGGCGGGAACGCCUGGUCAUGAGGCCGGACCAGAUGUACGGCAACGUGGUUAUCACCAACAUCGGUCAGCUUGUCAUUUACAACGCCCAGGUGUGGGAUACAGGUAUCUACACCUGCAUUGCACGGAAUUCAGUUGGAGUUCUUCAUGCGGACUACCCUCUGUCAGUCAUCCGCCGGGCCGGUGAUGACUUCUCCGAAGAUCCCGAGAUGCCGAUGGGGCGGCCAUUCUCACCAGCAGACUGCCUGGCUGAAGUGGACCGGAGAGUGUGCAGUGGUGAGCGCCAUGUUGACUGGUAUUACGACAGCAAGCUGGGCUCCUGCAUGGCCUUCAGCAAUGGUGGAUGUGACGACAGCCGCAAUCGAUUCGAGACUUAUGAGGAGUGCAAGGCCUCCUGUCAGAGAGAGGGGAUGGGCAUCUGCGCUCUGCCAGCUGUCCAGGGCCCCUGCAAAACUUGGGAGCCACGUUGGGCCUGGAAUUCUGUCACGAAGCAGUGCCAAGCCUUCGCCUAUGGUGGCUGCCAUGGGAACGCCAACAGCUUCCACACCAAGAAGGAGUGUGAGGCGAACUGCCCACAGCCCAAAAGAAAACCUUGUAAGACCUGUCGAGUGAAGGCGAAAAUGGUGCCCAGUUUAUGCCGGAGUGACUUUGCUAUUGUGGGGCGGCUGACAGAGCUGGUGGAGGAUCUGGACUCUGGGUUAGCCCAUUUUAGCUUGGAGGAGGUCCUGAGAGAUGAAAAGAUGGGCUUGACUUUCUUUAAUACCAAACACCUAGAGGUGACUAUCGCCAAGAUAGACUGGAGUUGUCCCUGUCCAAAUAUCACCAUGGAGGAAAACCCUUUACUGGUGAUGGGUGUGGUGCAGGACGGCAUGGCCAUCAUCCAGUCGGACAGCUAUGUCAGAGCCAUAACUGAACGCAGACUCAAGAGGCUACGUGACGUUGUGAAUAAAAAGUCCUGCAAGGAAUCGUAAAAGUCCAAGGACUCAGACUCGGUCGGUCACAGAUGAUCUGUGGUCAAAUUUACCUUUAGCACUGAAGAUACGCAUCAGAACUGCAGCAAGAAAAGCAGAUAUUUAAUAACUCUUUAAAUCUACAAAGUGUGUAUGUUAAAUAUCGAAUGUUCAUGAAGUUAUGAGUUAAUUUGUAUGUACAAUAUAUGCUCAUUGCAACACAGGUUAUCCUACAUUCCAGGUGUGUUGAGUACGUUAAAGGCUAAGUUCACCCAAAAAUAAAAAUUCAGUUAUAAAGACAUCCAUGUGCAGACAGAAAGCAGGGAAAAGUUUUGCAGUCGACAAAAAAAACUUCACAUCAAAACGGCGUCGGAGCAUACUCCAAACAACUGAAGUAGCUGGGGACUUGUUUUAAAAUGUUAAAACUAAAAAAAACCCACCAAAAAACCAAAAAACAAAGUCGCUCCAUACAGCUCGUUUGACAUAAUCAAAUUCUCCCUGAGAUCCCAAACUGAUUUAAUGAAAAUACAUUCUUUACAUCCUUGACAGGACUGAGCAUGUGCAUCUACUCCAAAUCAGAUGAUCGCCAACGCUAAGAUUUUGUCUUAAAAACAGUUUAAAUAGGUAUUUUCAAAUCCAUUUGGGAUCUCAGGGAUCUCCAGACACGUUGAUUAUGCCACAAAAAGGUGUAUGGAGCCAUUUUAUGUUUUUUUUUUUUUUUUUUUUAAAUGUUUUAAAACAAGACUCCCCAUCUACUUCAGUUGUUUAGGAGUACGCCGUUCUGCUAUAAAGCUCCAAAAAGGUUUUAUGGAUUGUAAAACUUUACCCUCCUUUCCGUCAGCAUUAGAGUUGAACCGAUAAUGACUGAGCAUUCAUUUUUGGCAGAACUUAUCCUUUAACAUCAGUUCUGAUGCGCCUUUAAAAUAAUUUUAUAUACAGAUAUUCUUUCUUUUUGCUCGUCCUCUGUAAACUUGUAUUCUGAAAAAAUAAGAUAGUAGCCAGGGUAGCAGACACAUGCUUAUCAACUUAAAAAAAUCCUAGUUUGUGGUGCUAAAUAUAAACACCUGCAUUUAUAACCUCUAUAUUGUGUUUUUUAUGUUUUAUUUUAGUAUGUUUAUUUUGUAUCAUAUUCCUUACAGUAGGUAGAGGAGUUUU